CGCCAGCAGGGUCCAAACUUCCGGUGCCUGCAGCGCUCGGAGCGGCGGUUGCACGGAGAGAGGCUGCACCGGAGGAGGCUGCACCGGCAGAGGCUGCGGGGCUGACGCGCAGGCAGGCGCAGCCAUGGUGAAGAUCAGUUUCCAGCCCGCCGUGGCCGGCAUCAAGGGCGACAAGGCCGACAAGGCUUCGGCGUCGGCCGCGGCCCCGGCGCCUGCCCCGGCCGCCGAGAUCCUGCUGACGCCGGCUAGGGAGGAGCAGCCCCCCUGCCACCGCUCCAAGAAGGGGAGCUCAGUGGGCGGCGUGUGCUACCUGUCGAUGGGCAUGGUCGUGCUGCUCAUGGGCCUGGUGUUCGCCUCGGUCUACAUCUACAGAUACUUCUUCCUUGCUCAGCUGGCCCGAGACAACUUCUUCCGCUGCGGUGUGCUCUACGAGGACUCCCUGUCCUCCCAAGUCCGCACUCAGAUGGAGCUGGAGGAGGACGUGAAGAUCUACCUGGAAGAGAACUAUGAGCGCAUCAAUGUCCCUGUGCCCCAGUUUGGCGGCGGCGACCCUGCAGACAUCAUCCACGACUUCCAGCGGGGUCUGACCGCCUACCACGACAUCUCCCUGGACAAGUGCUACGUCAUUGAACUCAACACCACCAUCGUGCUGCCCCCACGCAACUUCUGGGAGCUCCUCAUGAAUGUGAAGAGAGGGACCUAUCUCCCACAGACGUACAUCAUCCAGGAGGAGAUGGUGGUCACGGAGCACAUCAGUGACAAGGAGGCCCUGGGCUCCUUCAUCUACCACCUGUGCAACGGGAAGGACACCUACCGGCUGCGGCGCCGGGCUACCCGGAGGCGGAUCAGCAAGCGUGAGGCCAAGCACUGCAACGCCAUCCGCCACUUUGAGAACACCUUCGUGGUGGAGACGCUCAUCUGCGGGGUGGUGUGAGGCCCUCCCCACCCCCUGCCCCUGCCCAGUUCCUUUCUCCUCCUUUCUGGCCUCUUCUGGCCCUCCUGCUUCCCCUCGCUUAGCUUGUACUUUGGUCGCCUUUCUGUAGAUGUGACGUGUCUCACCUUUCCAGCCCUGCCCGCUUCCCUGUACCAGAGCUGUGACCUCUCGUGGCCCCCACCUCUGCUGACCUCCUGGUGGCGGGGAGGGAGGGGCCCCCCAAGAGGGUUUCUGUGCCCCACCACCUGGAAGUCGGGUCCUCGGGCCCAGGCCCACAGCUGUGCGGGCAGCCCAGGGGCAGGUCUGGAUGGGCAGCCAGGCCUGGGCGAGGUGGGGGAGGGCUGGGAGGAGUGGCUUGGGCUUCAGAGACACCCGCACACUUGGGAAAGUCCCAAAAAGCUUGUCCUCAGAUGGCACGCUUCCUCCGCUGUCCCUAUUCCUAGGCGUGGGCUUGGCCUAAGGAUGGGGGGUGUGCCAGGAAUGGAAUGGACCCACCAGAGCACAAGGGAAGGUGGCUGUCCUGGGGGCUCCCGGGACACCUGUCAGUGCCUUCAGCCCACCAGCAGGAGCCUGGGACGUGGGGGGUGGGGAAGAGUCUGUCAAGCACAAUCGUUCUCCGAGUGGAACCAAAGAAGCAAGGAGCCGGGGCCCCCAGCCCUGGCCCCCCAGGAGCACAAUCGGGGUCCCCACAGCUAGGCCAGAGCAGUGGGGUGCCGCGGAGGCGCAGCGGGUGGAGAUGAGCUGUGGGCUCUGCUGAGUGGGUGGGGCUCGUCGCUGGCUCCCGGCGUGGAGCUGCGUGAAAGACGACAUGGAAGGAGAGGGAAGAGCCACCUGGUACUUGCACACCCCGCCACCGCCUCUUCUGAAAUUCCAUCCCCCUCUGCUUGGGGGGAGUGCAUCGUUUUUCCUUUUCCUUCUCACUUUUGCAUGUUUUUACUGAUUAUUCAAUAUGCUAACUGUUCUCAGCCCUGAGCCUUGAAGAGAGGGGGGCUUCCAGCCUUCCUCCACUCAGACUUAGAUGUUCUCUGGAGAUGAAACUCUUAAACGCUUUGUAUAUUUUCUCAAUUAGAUCUCUUUUCAGAAGUGUCUGUAGAAUAAUAAAAAUCUUUUACUUCUGA